CAAAGAUGGCGACCAUUAUCAGUAAAACCAGGAUAAACUGAGCUGGCUAAUCCAGCUGAGCGGAGUGGAGCAGGCGGACUAACAUAUCCCACAAUCCUUUUAGCCUUGUCAGAUUUUAAGGGAACAUCUUUAUUUUUGUUUUGAGUUACAGUGGAAUUAUUUUGGACGUAGGAACGUUUUUAAUUUGUAUUUUUCUCUCUGUGUUUGGUGGUGUUUUUGACUAGUUAGCUAGAGAGUUUGUUUAUAAAGAUGGCUGAUCACUGGAACAGGGGACACGGUGCUGUUGAUGAUAUGCUGGACGCAGAAAAUAAACGCAUGGCUGAGAAUCUCGCAACCAAAGUAUCCAGACUGAAGUCGUUGGCAUAUGAUAUUGACAAGGAGGCUGAAGAACAGAAUUCAUACUUGGAUGGCAUGGACUCAAAUUUCCUCAGUGCGACUGGACUGUUGACGGGCAGCGUAAAGAGGUUUUCCACGAUGGUCCGCUCUGGCAGAGACAACCGCAAGAUCCUGUGCUACGUGUCAAUAGGCCUGGUCCUGAUGUUCUUUGUGCUUUACUAUCUAGUCAGAAGAAUACAGAACUGACAUGUCUGCAUUUUUUUUUUUUUUUACUAUAUGUUUUCUCAGUUUUAUGAGAAAUAUAAUCAUUUUGGGGAAUUCAGUAUGGGAAUUCAUCUUUGUUUAUACGAGGAAAUGUUUUCACAGAUGUUUUCAUCACUCAUCUUCCAGGUAUAAUAAAGGUGAUUAGAACUGAAAGCUCAUUGGUGUGAUUCCUGUUUAUCCUGUACUCAGAUGCUUGCUAAUUACUGUAGUGAAGUAAUCACGCUUUGAUUGCAAUAUAUUCCAUAAAUGAUGUAACAAAAAAUUUUUUAUUCUUGGAAAUCCUAAGGAAUGACAUAAGAUUAUUUAAAAUGAUGUAAGAACUAAACGCUUUGUUAACUGAACUUUGUACUAAUUGUCCAGUAUGUAACUAAAUAUAAAUAUACUAUAUCUA